AUGUCGGUCAGGGCGAUCCUAAAAAGAAUCGAGAUUAACGCGGAGGGUGGACUUGUGCCGGACCGAUGGAUCAAUAAUGAUAUCAAGCCUAUUGAGGCUGGGCGGCGGACUUGGGGGCACUGGACGUUUCAUAAUUUCUGGGUGCUUGUCAACUCUAAUAUAUCUACCUACAUGACUGGUAGUUCGCUAAUUGCACUGGGGUUGACAUGGUGGCAAGCUAUUAUUGCUAUCGUUGCUGGACAGCUCCUAGCAACCUUGUUUGUUAUUCUGAAUUCUAUCCCAGGGGCCUAUUAUUAUUUGGGAUUUCCCGUCGUUAACCGAUAUGUAUGGGGUAUGUACGGAAGUGCGUUUGUGAUCUGGAAUCGUAUUCUUCUGUCUAUCGUGUGGUACGGCUUCCAAGCAUGGAUAGGAGGCGAGUGUGUCUACGUUUGCCUACAAGCAAUAUGGCCCGACCUUGAAUCUCGUAUCCCAAACACACUCGCAGCAUCAACAGGAGCCACAACAGCAGCUUUCGUAGCCUACAUAAUCUUCAUGAUUAUCUCACUACCAUUCAUUUGGAUUCACCCGCACAAAUUGAACACAUUCUUCUACGCCUCCGCAGCAACCAUCUUAAUUUUCGAAAUCGUGCUGCUAAUCUGGUCCCUCGCAACCAUGGGCGAUAGCGGCUUUGGCUCGACGCUUUCUGGCUCCGGUAGUGCCACGGGGUGGAACAUCGCAUUCGGAAUCAUCAGUACCAUCGGAUCCAUCGCGGCCGGUAUCCUUAAUCAAAAUGAUUAUGCGCGUUUUGCUAGGAAACCCACAGAUGCGAUUUGGGGCCAGAUUAUCAGUUUUCCUUUUUACGGUAUCACCUGCUCGAUUAUUGGUAUUUUGGUUACGGCUGCGACGCAGAAUCGGUUUAAUGGCGCGCAGUGGAACUUGCCUACGCUGCUAAGUGCUGUUAUUGAGAAUGGAGGCUCGAGAUCCAGGGCUGCGGCUUUCUUUGGUGGUGCUGCUUUGGUCGUGUCGCAGAUUGGAGUAAAUGUUCCAGGGAAUUCAUUGGCGGGCGGCUUUGAUUUGGCGGCGACGUUUCCCCGGUAUAUCAAUAUUCGCCGGGGUGCUUAUAUCACUGCUAUCAUCUCAAUAGCUUGUAACCCUUGGAAACUUGUUAAUACCGCCACGACAUUCCUCACGGUCUUGAGCAGUUAUGCUGUUUUUCUAGGUCCUAUGACAGGAUUGAUGAUCGCUUCAUACUUCGUUGUUAACAAAGGCAAGAUCAAGGUGGAGGAUCUAUUUGUUGGGAACAGCUCUAGUAUAUAUUGGUACACAUGGGGCGUAGAUUGGCGAGCUGUGAUCGGAUGGGUUUGUGGAACGGCCCCAUCCUUACCCGGCUUCAUUGCAUAUGUGAACCCCAACAUCAAUGUCCCGAUGGGCUUCACGCAUAUAUAUUACAUUUGCUUUCUUUCCGGCUUUGCCAUUAGCGCCGGUGUAUAUUCUGUUCUUCACCUUUUGUUCCCUGUCCCUGCCGUUGUGGACUUUGUUGAGAGGGCGCCGGCUGCUCGUGUGCUAAUAGAGGGAUAUCGGGAUCAAUGGGAUCGUGAAGAUGAAGUGCAGACGGUGCUCGCCCCGCCUAAACCUGACUAUGAAUGA